CUCACACCCUAUCGUAAACAACUAGGAACUUGCAGAGUCCGCCUCGGGCAGCCCAAAGCUCCACUGCCCACCCUGGCUCCCAGAGCCCUCCAAAACAAAAGACCAGAGAGGCACUCUCCAUCCAGCAGCCAGACGCCUCCUUCUUGACACCAGCCCCCACCCCUUGUCUGCUCGCGCCCAGGAAAGGCCUGAAGGAAGAGGCCGGGGAAAGAGCCCUCCCUCUCUCCCUUGUCCCUCCAUCCACCCAGCGCCUGCAUCUGGAGACCCUAUGGCCCGGGCUCACUGGGGCUGCUGCCCCUGGCUGGUCCUCCUCUGUGCUUGUGCCUGGGGCCACCCAAAGCCAGCGGAUCUUGGAGGGCAGGAUGUGAGAAACUGUUCCACCAACCCUCCUUACCUUCCAGUUACUGUGGUCAACACCACAGUGUCACUCACAGCCCUCCGCCAGCAGAUGCAGACCCAGAAUCUCUCGGCCUAUAUCAUCCCAGACACGGAUGCUCACAUGAACGAGUACAUCGGCCAACAUGACGAGAGGCGUGCGUGGAUUACAGGCUUUACAGGGUCUGCAGGAACUGCAGUGGUGACCAUGAAGAAAGCAGCUGUCUGGACCGACAGUCGCUACUGGACUCAGGCUGAGCGGCAGAUGGACUGCAACUGGGAGCUCCAUAAGGAAGUUGGCACCACUCCUAUUGUCACCUGGCUCCUCACCGAGAUUCCUGCUGGAGGGUGUGUGGGCUUUGACCCCUUCCUCUUGUCCAUUGACACCUGGGAGAGUUAUAAUCUGGCCCUCCAAGGCUCUAACAGACAGCUGGUGUCCAUCACAACCAACCUUGUGGACCUGGUGUGGGGAUCAGAAAGGCCACCUGUUCCAAAUCAACCCAUUUAUGCCCUGCAGGAGGCAUUCACAGGGAGCACUUGGCAGGAGAAAGUAUCUGGCGUCCGAAGUCAGAUGCAGAAGCAUCAGAAGGCCCCAACUGCCGUCCUUCUGUCGGCGCUUGAGGAGACGGCCUGGCUCUUCAACCUUCGAGCCAGUGACAUCCCCUAUAACCCCUUCUUCUAUUCCUACACACUGCUCACAGACUCUUCUAUCAGGUUGUUUGCAAACAAGAGUCGCUUUAGCUCUGAAACCUUGAGCUAUCUGAACUCCAGUUGCACAGGCCCCAUGUGUGUGCAAAUCGAGGAUUACAGUCAAGUUCGUGACAGCAUCCAGGCCUACGCAUUGGGAGAUGUGAGGAUCUGGAUCGGGACCAGCUAUACCAUGUAUGGGAUCUAUGAAGUGAUACCCAAGGAGAAACUCGUGACAGAUACCUACUCCCCAGUGAUGAUGACCAAGGCAGUGAAGAACAGCAAGGAGCAGGCCCUCCUCAAGGCCAGCCACGUGCGGGACGCUGUGGCUGUGAUCCGGUACUUGGUCUGGCUGGAGAAGAAUGUGCCCAAAGGCACAGUGGACGAGUUCUCGGGGGCAGAGCUCGUGGACAAGUUCCGAGGAGAAGAACAGUUCUCCUCUGGACCCAGUUUUGAAACCAUCUCUGCUAGUGGUCUGAAUGCUGCCCUGGCCCACUACAGCCCGACCAAGGAGCUGAACCGCAAGCUGUCCUCAGAUGAGAUGUACCUGCUGGACUCUGGGGGGCAGUACUGGGACGGGACCACAGACAUCACCAGAACAGUCCACUGGGGCACCCCGUCUGCCUUCCAGAAGGAGGCGUACACCCGUGUGCUGAUAGGAAAUAUUGACUUGUCCAGGCUCAUCUUUCCUGCUGCUACAUCAGGGCGAAUGGUGGAGGCCUUUGCCCGCAGAGCCUUGUGGGAUGCUGGGCUCAAUUAUGGUCACGGGACAGGCCACGGCAUUGGCAACUUCCUGUGUGUGCAUGAGUGGCCAGUGGGAUUCCAGUCCAACAACAUCGCCAUGGCCAAGGGCAUGUUCACUUCCAUUGAACCUGGUUACUAUAAGGAUGGAGAAUUUGGGAUCCGUCUCGAAGACGUGGCUCUCGUGGUAGAAGCAAAGACCAAGUACCCAGGGAGCUACCUGACCUUUGAGGUGGUAUCAUUUGUGCCCUAUGACCGGAACCUCAUCGAUGUCAGCCUGCUGUCUCCUGAGCAUCUCCAGUACCUGAAUCGCUACUACCAGACCAUCCGGGAGAAGGUGGGUCCAGAGCUGCAGAGGCGCCAGCUGCUGGAGGAGUUCAAGUGGCUUCAACAGCACACAGAGCCCCUGGCCGCCAGGGCCCCGGACACCGCCUCCUGGGCCUCUGUGUUAGUGGUCUCCACUCUUGCCAUCCUCGGCUGGAGUGUCUAGAGGCUCCAGACUACCCUGGUAACCCUCCAUCUAGAUGGGGGGCUCCCUUGCUUAGAUGCCCUCACCCUGCACCGAACAUACCCCAAGGGUCCCUGCUGGCCCAUCACCUGGAAACCUUUGCAUUCAUCCUCCUUCUCCAAGACCAGGCCCCAGGAACACAGGGCUUCUUGGCCCCAGACGAUACCUCCCUGCACCCCGGGGUUGUAUACUGCACCCUGGGCUCCUAACCCCAGGCCCCGAGAUAGGAAAGCCAGCUGGUCUCUUCUCUCCUGUGAUCUCAGUAGGCCUAACCUAUAACCUAACACAGAUUGCUACAGCUGCUCCCCUCCCGCCAAACAAAACCCCAAGAGAGCAAUGCCCCUACCACCCCAGGGUGCCAUGGUCCCAGGAGAGUCCAAACCUACCACCACCUGUUGGGUAUAGCCAGAGCUUUUCCCACCCAGUCAGGGCAUGAAACAGCAACCCCCCAACAUGUGAACCCAUCAUUCCUAAACCCUGGGUGGGCUCUAUGCCAAGUAACAGCAGAGGGAGUUAAGCCACAGGAAUUUGGCUGUGGAGUAGGAGGGAAUGCGGCGAGGCACUCUGGAAUAUGACUCUACCAGAGGUUGGAAAACAAACUUGGGCAGCCGGAGCGCGUCACUAUUCUAGACUUCCCUGGCAUUCAAGGAGCCCUUUGAACUUUCCAAAGUGCAGCCACAGCUACAAUGCUGUUAAAUCCUCCCACAUUCUUGGAUGCCCCUUCACGUUGUGUGGACAGUAUCUGGUUUCUCCAUUUUACAGACAGGAAAACUGAGCUUCAGACAGGGGAUGGGUUUUGCCCAAGGACACAUACAUUUGGUUGAGAGCUGAUGGGGCCAGAUGAACCGGCACUCCAGCUCUUUCACCCUUCAGCAUCAUGCAGAGUCCCUGAGCCCACCUCCCAGCCCUCUCCUCAUUCUCUGAACCCACUGUGGUGAGAAGAAUUUGCUCCGGCCAAAUUGGCCGUUAGCCACCUGGGUCCACAUCCUGCUAAGACGUUCAAAACAGUCUAACAAAGACACUUGCCUCUGG